AGCAAAAAUGCGAUAUGGUCAAUCAUCUUCUACGACUACCGUCGGUAACUCCGUCUCUCCGCUGCUCUCUUCCUCCGAUCGGCGGUUCGAUUCUCCAAUCUCUGUACUCCUACUCCGCUUCUUCCAGGUGCUUUUUUUGUUGCUCUCGUAGAAGAUAUAGGUUGAAUCGCGUGAUCGCAGAUAUGGAGAGUGAGAAGGAAUUGAUGAACGAAGCUAAAAGAAGUGUUAAUUUCAGAUUAUGCAGAGUCUCUGGUUCAAUGACGGAAGUGAUGGAGAUUCAAGCUGAGAGUCCCAAGUAUCAUGUACUGUUCAUUCCGGGAAACCCAGGUGUUGUGUCAUUUUACAAUGACUUCUUGGAAUCUUUACACCAGUUUCUUGAUGGCAAUGCGUCGAUUACAGCUGUUGGGCAAAUAUCUCACACGAGCAAGGACUGGGAAUCGGGUAAACUGUUUUCCUUGCAAGAACAAAUCGAUCAUAAGGUUGAAUUUAUUAGGCAGGAGCUUGAGAGCGUGAAAGUUCCAAUAAUAUUGGUUGGGCAUUCUAUUGGGUCUUAUAUAUCCCUUGAAAUAUUAAGAAAGUGCCCGGAGAAGGUUCUAUAUUGCAUUGGCCUAUAUCCAUUUUUGACUUUGAACCAACAAUCAACAAAGCAAUCACUAAUUGGGAAACUUGCAGCGUCUUCUCUCCUGUCGGCUACAGCAAGUUUUCUGGUUGCAUCACUGGGACUGUUAUCUAUGUCGGCUGCACGUCGGCUUGUAUCAUACUCCCUUGGAGCUUCAUGGUCUGAUACUGCUGUUCAAGCUACUUGCACUCACUUGAGGCAGUAUCACACUAUGCGUAAUGUUCUAUAUAUGGCAAUGACAGAGUUUAGAGAGCUCGCUGCAGAGCCAGAUUGGGAGUUCAUGAGAGAAAACCAGAGCAAGCUUGCGUUUUUAUUUGGUAUUGAUGAUCAUUGGGGUCCACUGCAUCUCUUUGAAGAGAUUUCAAAGAAGGCUCCUGGUACUUCCUUAUCUAUCGAGAGCGAAGGUCACACUCACGGGUUCUGCUGCACCGUGGCUGGCUCGGUGUGGGUUGCGCAGCACGUUGCCACUCUGAUCAAGACCCGGUUGAAUCAAAAGCGUUUAUAACAAUUAAUGGGCUGUGCAUGUUGGUCUCGCUCAAACAAAUCUACUUAUUAAACAUAUCCACAAUUGACGCGACAGUUGCAUCAAGACAAUAAAUCGCGAUUAGUGAGGAUCUAAGAUGAUAAAAAAGUGUUUCGGUAUGCGGAGAAAAUUAGAGACCUAUAGUUAAAUACACCAAUCGCAUUGUAGGAGGAAUUUUAGACAACUAAUUUUAUUGUAGGAGAGAUUAAAUUCGUAUUUAAUCAUACUUACGUAACGCUCAUUA